UAUAACCCUCCUCCAGUUUCCCGCCAUUUACAGAGCGAGCGAGAGAUCGGGAGAUGGGGGCGGCGGGAACGCGGAAGAAGGUCCAGCGAAAGUUUAAGCUCCGAGGGUUUACCCUCAAAGUGGAGGCCUUGGAGGAGGCCCUCGCCUUCCUCUCCCGCUUCCCCGACGCCGAGGACGACGCCCUCGACCUCCUCAUCGACGAGAUCGACAAGGAAUCCCUUAAAUCGUCGAUUUUGGACCGGGAGGCGAUCCACCGGGUGGUCAGCCUCCUCCUGGACGCGGAUGCCGCCGUGGAUCCGAGCUCCACGGUUGCCAGCAACGGGGCGGCACUCCGUGUGAUCGAUGCAUUUGUGGUCCCUAGGUUCCGAUACGAUCCCAUUAAGAAAGUCUUCUACGAGCACACGGGAAGGCUGCCGAUCCAUGGGGAAGCUGGGGACAAAGCUGCCCUAUAUAGGGAUAGGUACCAGUUGCUUCUUCAGAGGCUCUCUCGUGAUAAGUAUUUCUCCAGACCGGCAUUUGAUAUUGAAAUGACAGAUUCCAAGAGUUGUGAGAUAACUCCAAUCCAAUCUUUGAUUGGAUGCAGUGGAAGGAGAUGGAUCGUGGGGGUGAUAUCACAGUUAGAAGAAGGCCAUUUCUUCUUGGAAGAUCUUACUGCAGCAGUACCAAUUGACUUAGCCAAUGCAAAAAUCACCUCAGGAUUCUUUGUUGAAAACACCAUAAUUGUAGCAGAAGGAGAGUUGCUUUCAAAUGGCAUUUUUCAGGUCAAUACAUGUGGGUUUCCACCUCUGGAGGACAGAGAAGUUUCACUGUCACUACUCAUGGGACUUGACUUCUUUGGUGGUGGUGUACUGUCAACAGAAGAAACUCUCAGACUGUCAGGACUGGAAAAGAAGGCAGUGAACGACAUGUUUGUCAUCCUCUCUGAUGUUUGGCUGGACAAUGAUGAGACUGUGGAAAAGCUAGCUGUGGUCUUGGAUGGUUAUGACAGUGUGGAGGUGGUUCCUUCUUUAUUUGUCUUAAUGGGAAAUUUCUGCUCUCACCCCUGUAAUCUUGCUUUCCAUUCUUUCUCAAGUCUCAGAAUGCAGUUUGGAAAGCUUGGGGAAAUGAUUGAAGCUCGCCCAAGACUGAAAGAACGAAGCCGAUUUUUAUUUAUUCCAGGUCCUGAUGAUGCAGGUCCAUCAAAAGUUCUUCCAAGAUGUUCAUUACCAAAGUAUCUAACUGAAGACCUUCAGAAGCACAUUCCCAACGCAAUUUUCUCUAGCAAUCCUUGCAGAAUAAAAUUUUACACCCAAGAAAUUGUAUUCUUCCGGCAAGAUCUACUAUACAGAAUGCGUCGUUCCUCUCUGAUUCCUCCCUCAACAGAAGAAACAAGCGAUCCCUUUGAGCAUCUUGUGGCCACCAUCACUCAUCAAAGUCAUCUCUGUCCCUUGCCUCUAACUGUGCAGCCUAUCAUCUGGAACUAUGACCACUGCCUCCGGUUAUAUCCAACACCAGAUCUGAUAGUGUUGGGUGACAGGAGUGAACAAAAGGCCUUCAAGUACACAGGAAUAACAUGUUUCAACCCAGGUUCCUUCUCCAACGACAGCACCUUUGCAGCAUACCGGCCUUGCACCAAGGAGGUUGAGCUGUCUGCCCUUGAAAGUUAGUGCCUUCGAGCAUUUUAACUUUAUUUUUGUUCAGGAGAGAAGGUUGUGACAGAGAGAUAACACCCAAGUUCGUCAUAUUCCAGCGAUUAACUUGUUCCGUAUAAUGAGAUUCUUGCUUCAUGAUUGCUACUGAAUAACACCAUACGUUCAGUUGGUGAUGGCUCACUAUUGAGGGUGGAGAGUGCAAGCUAUGUUUGGGUGUAGCAAGUGCUGACAUUUUCUAAGCAGGUCAUGCAUGAAACUUCAUUGAAUGAUUCCCUGGAAGAGCACACUGCAGCUAUUUCUGUGGCAGAAUAACUGUAUCUUAGAUUUGCAAUACUACUAUUAUACUAACCAUCAAUACUGUUAUAUUCUUUUGCUGAAUUAAAUUCUGAUUUUUUUUUUAAACUAAGUUCUGUGAAAUCUCUCGGUAGGCAUAUGAUGAAUGACAAGUUGUCCCAGAGGAUUUUGUGAAUGUACAGAUAAUGGUUUAUGCUUUCUUAUUAUUCAACAGAGAGCUUGAUAUUGGUGUAAAUAAUCAACACCUCUUUAUAAUGAAGAAUGGACAUUAUUUGUUUGGA